AAGAAAAAAUCAGUACCAAGUUUUGUGGAUCGCAUCUUUGGUGGUGAACUAACUAGUACAAUCAUGUGUGAUGAAUGCAGGACUGUCUCCUUGGUUCAUGAAUCUUUCCUUGAUUUGUCACUCCCAGUUUUAGAUGAUCAGAGCAUUAAGAAAAGUAUAAAUGAUAAAAAUCUGAAAAAGACAAUGGAGGAUGACAGUAAAGAGAGCGAAGAAGAAAAAGACAAUGACAGUUAC